GAUUGCUUGUGCACGAGAAAUGUGAAUGGUCAGACGCCAUUGUGUUACGUGCUGACGAAUCGAGUAAGAGCAAAUUGUUGUUAACUAUAGUUGUUUGUUGUUUUAAUUCGUCAAUUACGGAUCAACGACACUUUAUAGCUCUUCCUAAAUACCGAUUCGGAAACAACUUAAAUACACACAUUAAUCUGUAAGCCAUACAACACUGAGCACAACCAGCCAAAAGCAAAAAAACAGUCACAGUUAACAAAAUGUCGGAAAUGCAAAUGGAUUGUGCGCUGGAUCUGAUGAGACGGCUGCCGCCUCAGCAGAUUGAGAGGAAUCUAAUUGAUUUGAUUGAUCUGGCGCCCGAUUUGUGUGAGGAUCUAUUGUCGUCGGUGGACCAGCCGCUGAAGAUAGCCAAAGACAGGGAGCAUGGCAAAGAUUAUUUGCUGUGCGAUUAUAAUCGCGAUGGCGACUCAUACCGUUCGCCCUGGUCCAACACCUACUAUCCAGCGCUGGAAGAUGGCCAAAUGCCAUCGGAGCGUCUGCGCAAACUGGAGAUCGAGGCGAACUAUGCAUUCGAUCAGUAUCGCGAGAUGUACUAUGAGGGCGGCGUCUCCUCGGUAUAUCUAUGGGAUUUGGAUCAUGGUUUCGCCGCUGUGAUACUCAUCAAAAAAGCCGGCGAUGGCAGUAAUAAGAUACGCGGCUGCUGGGACUCCAUACACGUGGUGGAGGUGCAGGAGAAGACAACGGGACGUACGGCACACUACAAGCUCACGUCGACGGCGAUGCUGUGGCUGCAGACAAACAAACAGGGCUCGGGCACAAUGAAUUUGGGCGGUUCGUUGACCCGGCAAACGGAGCAGGACGCGAAUGUGAGCGAAUCAUCGCCGCAUAUCGCAAACAUUGGCAAAAUGGUCGAGGAGAUGGAGAACAAAAUACGCAAUACACUGAAUGCCAUUUACUUUGGCAAGACCAAGGAUAUUGUGAAUGGAUUGCGCAGCACACAGUCGCUGGCCGAUCAGCGCGACCAGGCGGCCAUGAAACAGGAUCUGGCUGCGGCAAUAUUGAGGCGCAAUGUUAAACCCGAAUCGAACUGAGCAAUUGGCGCUAAUGGCGUUUAUAGGGACAGUAAUCGAAUUGGCCGCGUAAUUCAAUUUCAUUAUAUGCGAAAAUAAGCAACUUACCAAGUAAUUACAAUGCGCAUUUCUAGGCAUUAAAUUUGUUAACGAUACGACAAAAUAGACAAAAACUUGUUAAAUGAAAAAAGAAAACAAAAAAAAUGAAAAAAAAAAACAGAAACAGAAACGUAUUAAUGUAAAUUGAUUGCCCAUAUUUCAACUACACCUGCCCCUCGCCUUGUUGCAAUUUACAAAUACAUAGAAAGCAUUAAAGUCCACUUACAAAUGUCGCGCCAGCUCCUCCGACGCCUUUUAGACAGUAUAUUUUAAGUAUUUGUAUCUGUAUAAUGCAUACAACAUCAUUUUUGUGUAUCGGAAAGGUGAUGCAAAACAUUCGCAUUUCGUUUUGCACGUUUCUUUUUUUUACGAUUCGAUUCGAUUGGUUUUGCAUAUUAAUUUUUCUUUUUUGGGAAACGUUUGCAGCUCGUUCGAGAAAAUAAAUAAUGUGUUUAUAUAUAUAAAUAAAUAAUGUAUGUAUGUUUGUGUAUUCUAACAAUAAGAAGCUCGAAGCAUAAAUUUUACAUUAUGUACUUUUACUGAAACGCUCUGUAUUAUGUGAAAAAUACACAUUACGUACCGAUCAGCGAAAA